AUGGGACAGGGACCCUCGAGCCCUAAGCUAGGCUCCCCUCUCUUUAUUGUCUUACGGAACUUCAAACAAUAUAGGCGAAUAGCAGAAGGUUAUGGGUUUCAGGUUACUAAAAAGAAAUUAGCUCUCUUUUGCCAACAGGAAUGGCCCACCUUCGAGGUAGGCUGGCCCCCGGAGGGUACGUUUGACGUCUCGGUGGCCGGCCGGGUAAGGGGAAUUGUCUAUGGUAUACCUGGCCACCCCGAUCAGGUCCCCUAUAUCACCGCCUGGAUUGAUUUCAAACCCCCUUCGGGACCACUACAGGUCCAGGCUCUUUCAAAACUAAGACCAGGAAUGGAAUCAAAGACGACCUUUAGUCGCAAGCCUCCCGAAAGUCCUAAGGUCGUCACACAGCUUUCUCCUGUCUUACCACCCCCUGAUUCUGACCCCCUAGAUCCAGCCGAGUACUCCCAGUCCCAGGUUUCAGAUCCACCCCCGUACCCAACCUCAGGGUCUCUGAGCCCCUCAGCCCCUCCUCUGAUAAGUCCACCCCAUACUCGAGCAGGUGCUCCUUAUGGCCCUUCUAAUUCUAGUUUGACCCCAGAUUCCACUGUGUCAGCGUUUCCCCUGAGGCAAGUUCCUUCCCCUCCCAGAGAAUCAGGGAGACCGUUCAUGGUAUAUGUUCCCUUCUCCACCAGUGAUUUGUACAAUUGGAAACAGCAAAACCCAUCCUUCUCUGAUAAGCCCCAGAGCCUAAUCUCCCUCCUAGAGACUGUCUUUUAUACUCAUCAGCCCACUUGGGAUGACUGCCAACAACUCCUCCGGGUUCUUUUCACAACCGAGGAGCGUGACAGGAUUCUUUUAGAAGCCAGGAAGGGAGUUCUGGACCCAGAUGGACAUCCCUCUACUGACCCGGGGCGCCGCAACCACAUCUUCCCUGAGAACCGGCCCGACUGGGACCCCAACACUGAUCGCGGUAGGGAAGCACUGGACAGGUAUCGCCAGUUGUUGCUGGGAGGGUUACGGGCAGCAGCACGGAAACCAACCAAUAUGUCCAAAGUCAGUGAGGUUAGACAGGGCAAGAACGAGUCCCCAGCUGCAUACUUGGAGCGCCUCUACGAGGCAUAUCGAACCUACACCGCUAUUGACCCAGAGGAUCCCAAUAACCGGAGAGCCAUCGUAAUUGAUUUCGUAGCCAAUUCGGCUCUGGACAUCCGUCGGAAGCUACAGAAACUUGAAGGUUUUGAGGGUAAAAAUCUGACUGAACUCAUGGAAGUGGCCAAGCGGGUGUUUGACUAUCGUGAAGAGGCUCAAGACAAGCAAACUCGCACGGUCGCAAGGGCGGGGUGCCCCGGCUCAAAGUCCGUUGUGACUCUUGACCCCCUGGAGCCGAGGGUUACUCUCAGUGUUGGGGGUCAACCUGUCUCAUUCCUAGUAGACUCUGGAGCUGCGGCAUCGGUCCUGAAAUCCCCACUGGGCUCCCUCUCAUCAUCCACUGUGCAAGUCCAGGGAGCUACUGGACGAAAACAGUCUGUACCCCUCACCACUUCUCGGGAAGUCCAGUUAGGGAAGGGCCUAGUUUCCCAUUCAUUUCUAGUGAUGCCUGAUUGCCCUUACCCCUUGCUUGGCUGAGAUCUUCUGCACAAGCUUCAGGCUGUCAUAUCCUUUAAGGGACCUAACCCCACUCUCAGGUUCAACCUGCCACAACUUGUUCUCACCUGCCCGUUGUCGGAGGAGUCUCGCCUCCUCCCCCUAACGUUUUCCCCAGACCGCCCCUCGACCACCUCCACCCCUACUUCCCUAACUCUGUUGAACCAUUUCAAAGGCUUGGUUCCUGGAGUCUGGGCUGAGACUAACCCGUUUGGCCUAGCAGGACACCAGCCCCCAGUGGUGGUCCAGCUCUCGUCCACAGCAACCCCUGCGCGUGUCCAACAAUACCCGUUGACUCGAGCUGCCCUUUUGGGCAUCAAGCCUCAUAUCGAUCGACUCUUGGCGGCAGGCAUUCUACGACCCUGCCAGAGCUCGUGGAACACCCCCCUACUUCCAGUUCGCAAGCCCGGGUCUGGAGACUUCCGUCCCGUCCAGGAUCUACGAGAAGUCAACGCCCGGGUGGAAACUUUACAUCAUACUGUACCAAACCCGUAUACGUUGCUGUCUUCCCUGGACCCUGCUCGGACUUCGUAUACUGUUUUGGACCUGAAGGAUGCUUUCUUUUCCAUUCCCUUGGCACCAGUAAGCCAACCUAUAUUCGCUUUUACUUGGACAGAUCCUAACACUGGGACAUCCUCUCAGCUCACCUGGACCCGGCUUCCCCAAGGUUUUAAGAACUCCCCUACACUUUUUGGCUCAGCUCUGGCCUCCGACUUGGCUGCCUUCCGGGUCUCGUAUCCGGAGGUCACUCUCCUCCAGUAUGUUGAUGACCUGUUGUUGGCUACCUCCUCUGAGGCAAUAUGCAAAGAUGCAACUCUCCACCUUCUCCAGUUGCUUGAGGCUUCCGGCUAUCGUACCUCUGGAAAGAAAGCACAACUGUGCUCUCAAUCCGUUGUUUACUUGGGUUUCAACCGUUCCGGCCAAAGGUUACUGUCUCGGGGGCGUGUAGCUACCAUUUUGGGCAUGACCGCCCCGAGGGACCGCCGCGGGCUCCGGGAAUUCCUGGGGAUGGCUGGAUACUGUCGCCUCUGGAUCUUGGGGUUUGCCGAGGUUGCCAAACCCCUAUAUGAGGCCCUUACUGGUGAACCCACCCAAUUUGUUUGGGGACCACGGCAGCAGGAAGCAUUCGACAAGCUUCGAAAGGCGCUGUCCAGCAUGCCUGCCCUCUCCCUGCCAGACCUGUCCAAGCCCUUCCGCCUCUAUGUGUCUGAGUCUCGAGCUGUGGCCAAAGGGGUUCUGACCCAGCCCCUGGGGCCCUGGAAUCGUCCUGUUGCCUAUCUCUCCAAGCAGCUGGACCCUGUGGCUUCCGGGUGGCCCUCUUGCCUGCGAACUGUGGCGGCCGUUGCCGUCUUGGUUAGGGAAGCCGCUAAGCUCACCUUCGGGCAGCCUCUUGAGAUUUCAGCAUCGCAUCAUCUGGAACAGCUUUUACAUUCUCCGCCGACAAGAUGGAUCUCAAAUUCACGCCUGACUCAUUACCAAUCCCUACUCCUCGAUCCCGCGCGCAUCACCUUUGCUCCUCCGGUCACACUCAACCCGGCCACCCUGCUCCCUGACUCCCCUCCUUCCUCCCCUAUACAUGAUUGCCUGGACACACUGGACUCCAUCCACACGUCCUGCCCUGGACUUACUGAUGUUCCUUUAACAAACCCAGACCUAGUGCUUUUCAAGGACGGCAGCAGUUUUGUUCAGGAGGGGAUCCGUAGGGCGGGUGCAGCCGUGGUCACUCCGGUUGAGACCCUCUGGGAGACCGCUCUACCCCCCGACACAUCUGCUCAACGUGCUGAACUCAUUGCCUUAACUCAAGCCCUUAGACUCUCUGCAGGCAGGUGAGUAAACAUCUACACUGAUAGCCACUAUGCCUUUGCCACUGUUCAUGUCCAUGGAUAUGUAUAUCUACAACGGGGACUGUUAACCUCGGCGGGUAAGGAGAUUAGGAACAAGAGUCAGAUCCAGGAGCUGCUGGAUGCUGUCUGGCUUCCCAAGGAGGUGGCGGUAAUUCAUGUUCCUGCUCACACCCGUGGAACUGACCCCCCGUCUCUAGGGAACGCGGCAGCGGAUAGGGCUGCCCGAGCGGCUGCCUGCAAGCCCUUGAUACCCGCUAUGGUCGUGGAACCUGAGGGGAUGCUGCCUGUCCAACCAUCUUAUCAAUCCAGUGAUCCAGAUGGCACCCCUGAAAAGGGGGGAUGGAGAAGACACCCAAAUGGCUUGCUAAUUCUGCCCAAGGCACUGUUGCUACCCCUGUUGAUGACUCUUCAUAGCCUUACCCACUUAGGCGGAACCCGGCUUUACGACCUGGUAAGCCGACACUUCUACAGCCCUGGGAUGAAGCAGGCGGCCAAGGAAGCCAUCCUCUAUGGAGCCCCUCCUCCUAUUAUUCCAAGAGUAUCUGCAGCUAUUCCAGCCCCAGAUUUCACUAAUCCGACUCUUCUUAAGUCCUUCCAGGCUUUGCGUGAGGUCCAGAACGCUGUGCGCUCAGUCCUGAAAGCUGCAGGGAAAGAACCAGACCCUGCAACUUCAUCGGACGCCCUGUCACCGGGAGACUGGGUCCUCACUCGCAAGCUUCCAGCUGGACCAGCCCUGGAACCACGGUGGACGGGCCCGUAUCAAAUUAUCCUCUGCAACCCUUCUGCCGUCAAGGUUGCCGGCCGCAAGGCAUGGAUACAUCAGUCACACAUCAAGAAGGCCCCAGAGCCCAACUCCACCGCCUGGACAGCAGAAGCAGUGUCCAACCUAAAGCUUCGACUCUCCAGAACUUGA